AUGGCAGGUGCGUUUUCGUCCCCACCGUUUCCUUCAGUCGGAUUUGACUUCGCCGCAUCUCCAGGCCAGGCGCUCCCUGCUCUCGCCUCUGCCUCCGCUCCGGGGUCGGAGUCCCAGCCGUUCCCUUCUUCUUCCUUCGGCAUGGAUGCAUCAUCCGGUCUCCCCGUCUUCUCUUCCUCGCCCGGGGGCCCCGGCGAUGUCUCUUCUUUCCUCCCUCCGCUCUCGCCCGGCGUCGCCCCGGACGCCGCAAACGCGCUCCUCGCCACUUCUUCUUCUCUCGGCUCCGUAGGCGGCCCUGCGUCUGCUUCACCUGCGUUCUUCCCCUCACCUGCAUCCCCCUCUCUUCCCCCAAAUGCCGCUCUCUUCCCCUCGCAGCCUCUCUUUCCCUCUUCUUCGCCCUCUUCGUCUCAGCAGCGCCUCGUUCUGACUCCCCAAGAAGUCGAGGCCUACAUGCAUCUGUGGCGCGCGGCUGGCGGCGUUGCGCCCGACGCCUCUUCUUCCGUGCUCGAGGGCUCAGUCGCCGCUGCAUUUUUGGAAAGCUCGGGUCUCGACCGGGCGCUUUUGCACGAAAUUUGGCGAUUGGCUGACGCCAAAAACACCGGAAACCUCGACGUCGAAAGCUUUGCCUGCGCAUGCAGACUCGUGGCGCAUGCGCAGAACGGCUUCCCGGUGUCUGUGGAGGCAAUCUCUGUGGAGCCCGCCGCGCUCCCCCAGUUUUCCAACACCCCGUUCCCAAACUCCCAACUCGUCCCCGUGGCAGGAGGGGCGGCUGAGGGCGGAACCCUCUCGUCGUUCUCCGACCUGUCUCUAGGGGUCGGGCCUGCGGGGGGCACAGACGGCGUUGGUGGCGCGGCUGCUGGCCCCGACUCCGGGCUCUUCGGCAGCGGAGCGCUUCCGGGCCCCGUCUCGAGCCCAACUAGCGGUGUCGGAGACCGGGGCGACGUGCUGGGCGUCGCAGCCCCGGAGCUGUACGUGGGGACGCCGGAGGAGUACAAGCGAUACGCGCAGGUCUUUGCAGAUACCGACGGGAACCAGGACGGCUACGUGGAGGGGAGCGAGGCGCGGAAUGUGUUUACAUCUUCUCUUCUCCCCGACACCGAGUUAGCCGCCAUCUGGACCCUCGCCGAUGUCGACUGCGACGGCCGCCUGACCCUGCAGGAGUUCCUCCUCGCCAUGACCUUGAUUGGAAAAAGAAAGAAAGAGGGACUCCCCAUCCCGGCUGCGCUUCCCGCCACCCUCCUCCAGUCCGUUCAAGCUUUCCAGGUUUCCGGGAAUGCUGGGGGCGAGGGCGGCCGCGGGACGUUCUUCGGGGACGCCACGGGGUCUCUAGCUGGGCCCACGAGCCGUACGACCGCGGUCGCUGGGGGCCUGUCCACGGGCUUGGAGCCCGCGGCGCUUCCGACGCCGCAGCUUCUAGACGGGUCAGCAGGCGACAGCGGCGGGGCCUGGGGCUCCUUCGGGCUCGAGGAACAGCCGAGUGGCUUCGACGGAGAGGGCGCCGCCCUCGACGCGCUGUCUCCUCGCCCCGUCCAUGAGACAGUCUCCAAGCGCGAGAAGAAGAAGAGUUCCGGCAGCUCCCGCGGGGCGUCGAGGAGCCGUCCGGCCCGGGAUAGCGACGAGGAGGAGCGCGGCAGCAGGAAGAAGGCAGAGAGCGAGGAUGACGAGGUUCCCCUGUCGUUCGGAGACAGAGUGAGCGCGGCAAAGGAGAGGCGAAGUGGAGGCGAAGGAAGCGGCGCGGGCCGGGGGAAGAAGGAGAAGAAGAAAAGUCGACGCACGGAGGAGGAAGACAUCUUCGAACGAGGAAAGAGCGACUCGGACUCCGACCGGCUCGCCCUUCCGUCCCCCGAGCUGCGAAGAGAGGAAAAGCGGGGAACUGAACAGACACCCGAAGAGAAAUGGCUGGCGAGACGGAGGGAGAGGGUCUCUGCGAAACGCGCAGCUGCAAGCGCAGGCCUCCAUGAAGAGUCGGAGGAAGAACGAACCCUGGCGCUUCUUGAAAGUGUGGUUGAGACAGACAAGCGCCUGUCGGAUAUCCUGCGUGCUGAGGUCGAUGGAGACGCCGAAGAAAUCGAGGAGGUCCGGGAACUGCGAGUCUUGUUGGAGUCCGAACUGCUCGCAGAGAAGAAGGAGCUAGCUCGCCAGAUCGACCGAAAGCGCGACUUCGCCCUUCAACUCGAAGACGAGAAAGUCAAGCUCGAGCAACUAAAGGAAGAAAGAAAAAAGAUUGAGUUUGAGAGAAUUGGAAUCGAGAGAGAUCUUUCGCACUACGUCGAGGAGCUUUUGUUUCUUCGCGGUCAAGUGGACGACAUGCAGAAAGACAUCGACGCUCUGCACCAGGCAAACCAGACGCUGAUCGCUGCGCAUCGCCAUCAGCAGAUUCAGGCCCAAAAUCUCCACGCUACUCGAUUGCAAGCGCAGGACCAGCUGAAGGGCGAGCGCGAGGCGCUGCAGAAGGAAGAGCGAGAAAUUGCGGAGUUGAAGGCCGACCAGGACAAAUCCAUUCAGUUCGCCUCGGUCGACGCGGCGCGCCUGCAAGCUGCCGCCGUGCGAGAUGAGCGCCUGCAGAUUUUGCAGCAAAGGCAGCAACUCGUGGCGGGCUUGAACCAUCUUGCGCAGCAAACCGUUUUGGGUCUCAAAAGCCCUGCCGCGCGCACGGGCUUGGCCGGCUCAGCUCCAGUCGAAAGCAGGCACGGCGCCGCCGUGAGGCGAGACGCGAAGGGCGUCCCUGCGGGGGCCGGACCCGCAAAUGCCAAUCUUGUUCUCGCGAGCUCUUCUCGCGUUGAGCCGGCCAGCCCGUCGCACUGGACUUUGUUUUCUUCAGUGCCCGUGCGCCCUUCAUCCUUUGGCUCUUCUGCGCCUCUGGCGUUGCCUGUGCACGAGAGGCGCGGGGCGUCGUACUCGGAUUUGAAGUUCUCACGAGAGAAGGAGAGCGGCGGGCUUCCCUCCUACAACGCCUUGCCGUUCGCCGCCACGCAUGCGAACGGCGACUUUCGCCCGAGUGCAGUGACGACUGAUGGCAGCUUUACGUCGAGCGUCGCGCCUGGUGUCGAUUACGGGGAACCCUUUUACGGAAGUCUCAAGAGCAGAAGCCUCUACGCGCCUGCGGGCGGGCGACGAGAAGAAGGAGCUCUCGCCCGAGACUUGGAAACCCGCGGCGUGGAGGGCAUCCUCGGAAUUGAAAGCGUGAAAUCAGACGGAGACAGAAACUACUCCCGAAAUACUAGCGGCGAGCUCGACCCUCGGCGCCACACCGAUCUGCACUGGUCGUCGUCGAGCCCCGCCAGAGCGGGGACAAGCGUCUCUCGAGGACUCAGUAGAGCCGGCGCGAGCGAAGAGAGACGCGUGGUCGCAGGGUCUCCUGGGAGUGAGAGCGGCGCGCAUCCGAGAGCGUUCGUUUCCUACGAGGGAAGUCGACUGAGGGACGAAGAGCGAGAAGGACAGGGUGGCCAUGGCAGGGGCGUGGAGUCGACAGGGAGUCCUGAUCGCCAGGACAAAAAGGAGAAGAAGAGAAGCGAAGAAAAGAAGACGCGAGCGGUGUCGGUUUCCGGACGCCAUGGCAAAACAAAGAAAAAGGCUGAAGAAACGAAUUUCAUCGGCGGUGGAAGUUUCGGGGCAGAGUUCCACCCUUCUUCAGAUGAGAAGAAAGACAAGAGACGAGGGGACGUGGAAAGGGCGAAAAAGGACUUCGGCAACGACAGCUUCGGAGGCGAAGAUGCUAUACUCUCUGGUCUCGACACGCCUUCCUUUGGCGCUCGGCCUGUCAGCGGUCUGCACGGUCUCGCUGCAACGCCUCUCUGA